UUAGAAGAGGGUUAGUUGCUAUUGUUGACCACAGAAUCAUCAUUGUCAUCAUGUUUACACAGGUAAAGAAAAAUCAUUGAGGCAGAUUUUUCUAUGGCUGGAUGCUCUUUCUGUUGCCAAUCUUCAUCUGUUUCCAAGUAAGGUAAUAUUUCUGUGACCAGACAUGAUUUCACAGACUGGCCACAAAAGUCACUGCUUGCUUGACAAUGACACUUGUUUAUAACUAUUAUGUGAUGUCAAGCAAAGAGACAGUAACACACAGGCUCACAUGCACAUGUAUACACACACACACACACAUAUAGAAAAAUUCUUAUUAAUCCAAACAAGUAGUUGUACAGAGAAAAAUAAGUUGAAAAGGCACAGAGAAAAUAUUAGCAUUUUCAUACAAAGAUCCUCCCCCCACCUUCCCAACUGUGGUUUUAGAAAAAUGGGGGAAAUCUCUGAAAAAAGUUUCCCCACAAAUUUCUUUAUAAUCAUAAUCUAUGCUAUUUGAAAGGGAUUUGUAUGAACUUUCAUCAAAAGAUACUCAUUUUCCUGAAAGUUAUGAGGGAAAAAUGUCAGAUCAUGUGAAUUUUCUGAAACUCCUCUCUCCACCCCCUUGGAAAAAUUCUUUCUCAUAAAUUCCUAUAUACUCUGAAGCCACAACAUCUAAGCAGUAUUUGUAGAAAAUUUUGUUAAAAAGUAUCCAUUUUUCUGGAUGUUAUGAGGCAACAAAGUCAGGGGUGUAUACAUUUGUAGCAAUGCCUUUUAUUUAUACGAUUUUUUUCAUUUCAUGCUUAUUUCAUUCAUUGUUUGCAAUGUUCUCUCUCUCUCUCUCUCUUUCUCUCUCUCUCUCACUCUCUGACACACACACACACACACACUGCAGAGCUUACAGAUGGGCUGCUGAAUUGAAAUCUCUGUUGCUUUGAGGGGAAGGUAAAACUUGACAAACUGCUUUACCCUCUGUUGUUGGACUACUGUGAUAUUUGUUUAAAAAAGAGAGAUUAUGACUUUGAUAAAAUAAUGAAAACAAAUAUUUACUAAGCAAGUGAGCAUUAUAAUACAAAGAAAUAAUUAGAUGUAAAAUAUCAUAAAAAUUAUUAGAAUUGGGAAUCAAGUGUGGAAAUAUUAUCAAGUGGUUAGCAGAAAAAUGCCUGGAGGGCAGUCUUUCAGCUAGUAGUAAUAACAAUAGAAUGAUAGCUGACAUGAAAUUCAGUUUGCUUAGUUAAACAUUCAUGAACCAAAGGUUAUUUUAUAUCUUAAUUUCAUAAAAAGGAAAAAUCCAAAUUCAAUUAUUCCUUGACCCACUCCUUGCAUAUCUAUCAUGUUAGAAUGCUUGGCGUAUGUUUCGGUGAGGUGGGAUGGUGGGGAACAAGUUUUUUAUGUUCACCUUAUUUCAUUGUCUCUCUCUCUCUCUCUCUCUCUCUCUCUCUCUCUCUCUCUCUCUCUCUCUCUCUCUCUCUCUCUCUCUCUCUCUCUCUCUCUCUCUCUCUCUCUCGCUCUCUUUCUCUUCUCUCGUACAUAUUUAUUCCUUAUUGACAACUGGCUUGUUUAUAAAAAGACACAUGUCUGGGCUUUAUAGCUUUCUGAAAACACUGACUCUUAACAGUGUAUAAAGUAACUACAAAACAAUACACACACGCAUAUGUAGAACACUUUUCAUUCUUUUACUGGAUUCUUUUAACAACAUUAAAGUAUUAUGUCAUAUCCUUUAAUGGUUAUCUGUUUGUCACUGUCUGCUUAUGUGAGCAUGAAUAUUUAAUGCGCAUACAUUAUCUUUCAUACUCAUUUGGUAUCUGAUUAUAAAAAAAAAAGCAAAAACACUGAGCAUAUUAAACAGACUGUAUUUAAGACAAGAUGAAGAAGUGAACAGGUUUGGAAAGAUAGGAUUUGAAAUAUCAAAAACUUAGUCAGUAAUACACACAGACACACACACACACUCACACACAUAUAUAUAUAUAGUACAUAUAUAAACAGAAUUGAUUUAGCUGCUUCUCUAUAGAUUGAAAAAAAUUGGAUUCUCAUUUAAGGCAUCAACAUCAAUUUAACCAAUCCCAGCGAAACCAAUACUCAAUCUAUUUAUACACAUCAGUUACAGUAGGUACAUAAAACCGAAGCUAAUAAUCUGCAUACUAUAUUAACUAAAUAUGAUAUAUUUACACAAUCCUUUUAUAUUUUCUCUAUUGUUUUUCACUGGCAUAUAUUUAGUGCAUUCUGGAAAAUCAUACCACUGCCCUCUUUCAUGUAAAUGCACUAAUCAGCAAACGGUGCCUGGCACAGUGAGUGUUACUUGCUAUUUUACUCAGUUAAAAUCAGAUGAUUAUCAAAUCUUCUCUAUGUUGGCUGCAGAAAAUACAACGUACCUAUAUAUAAAAUGUGAUGAAUAUGGUUACACCAGUUCUUUGGAUAAUAGCCCAUUCGAGCACUUAACUAAUUUGAGAAAACUCGUCUUUGAAACUUGUUAUUUUAAUAAUCUAACAGAAAAUAUUUUUGCUGGCUUAGAUAAUCUUAGAAAUCUCACCAUUUAUAAAAGUAAAUAUUUAAAUGUAAAUUCAAAUGCUUUUUUCAAUCUUCCCAAUUUGGAAACUAUAAGAAUCAACAACUGUGACUCAGUUAAUUUUCCAGUUAAUUCCCUUUGUCAUCAGAAUAAACUGACAACUUUAAAUUUAGCAGAAAAUAAUAUUAAAAAUAUAUCUGAAGUUUUUAAUCUUUGUUUAAAAAAUUCUAUGUUAUUUAAUAAUAUAACUGUACUUGCAUUGAAUCAUAACAAAUUGUCUGUUAUAUCUGAUAGCUUCAGUGAUCUUUUAAAAUCAGUACAGUAUAUUUUGUUACAAAACAAUAGAAUUGAAAGCGUUCAGAAGGAUGCAUUUUCUAAUCUUCAAAAUUUAGAAUAUAUCGAUCUUUCAAAUAACUCCUUGAGUAAGUUGCCUCAGACAUCUUUUGACUUUUCUUACAAAUUGUAUUAUUUUGAUAUAUCAAAUAAUCCAAUAAAGGAGAUGCCUAUUACACUACAGAAUUUAUCAAACAUUCAACUAUUUCGAGCUAAAAAUACACUUUUGGGUGACAGAAUAUGGAAUUUUCUGAAUAGAAAACCACUUGUCUUAGUCAACUUUGAAAACUGUGGCUUAACAUAUAUCCCUGAAUUUGUAGCAAAAUUUCAAACUCUUAAACAUUUUAUGCUGGAUAAAAAUAAUAUCACAACUAUCCACCCAAAUGCAUUUGCAGCAAGUAAAUCUUUAAUUACUUUGACUCUUUCUGGAAACAAAAUUACAUCAUUGCCAAAAUUUGCAUUCAAAGGCCUUGAUAGUCUAGAAAUCCUCAACUUAAAUGAUAACCAAAUAUCAAUAUUUGAUGAAAAUGUUUUUUUGUCUCUUUCAAAACUUUCUUCUUUGGAUUUAUCAACAAAUUCAUUGAAUCAUAUACCAAAGCUACCAUCGUCAAUAAAGCUCCUACAGUUAAAACAGAACAAUAUCAAAAAAAUUUCUUCAGUGCUGAAUACUACUAAAAACCUUGAAUAUUUGGUCCUUGCAGAUAAUGAAAUAGAAAUAAUUGAAAAUGAUGCAUUUUCACACUUACAGUCUCUUCGAAUACUUAAUUUGAAAAAUAAUAAAAUAACAAAUAUAAAUAAACACCAUUUUAAAAACUUACAUAAAUUAUGGGGACUCAAUAUUGCUUUCAAUAGUAUCACAGAGUUAGGAUAUGACACAAUUAGUCAUUUACAAUCACUUAGAGAUUUUUAUUGUCAAAACAAUCACUUAACAACAUUAGCAAAAGCAAUGUUUCCUAAAUAUUUAAGACUCAUAGAUUUAUCACAUAACUACAUAAAAUUUCUGACUGAUGAUAUAAUUCAUGACAUGAAUGACUUGACUGAAUUGAAUCUCAGAUCAAAUCGAUUAAGUACUGUAAGAAGCUUUAAUUUUAUACGUUCUGGUAAUGCAAAAGCAAUUCAAAUUUUAUUAUUAGGUAAUAAAUUUAAAUGUGACUGCCAUUUGACAUGGUUGAAGGAGUCUAUCACGUGGCAACAAAAGCAUCCUUUUGUAACUAAAUCUUUUGAUAUGAUAUUUUGUGGUGAUAUUGAACCGUGGUUACCAAUUGGAACAUUGGAUACUGUAAAUAAAAAUGACCUUUUAUGUGACUACAAUAAACUUAAAAACAGCCAUAUAAAAUAUUAUUGUACUUUCAGUUGUAAAUGUUGUUUAAUAUCUGAAAAUUGCCUAUGCCAAGAUAUUUGUCCAGUAGAGUGUCUAUGUCUAUUUUCACUAGACAAAAACUUCCAUAAAGUUGAUUGCAGAAAGACCAAUUUGACUCAGUUGAAAGGAUUACCAUCUGCAGGUAUCCAUAUUGAUCUUAGUGGAAAUAAACUGAACUAUUUGUACAAUACUAACUUCACUGACCACAGUGCAGCUGAAGUUUUAUAUAUGAAUAAUUCACAAAUAUUAAUAGUUGCCAAUAAAACAUUCAUUAAAUUUACAAAUUUAAAAAAAUUAUAUUUACAAAAUAAUCUCAUUGAGGCUUUGCAGCAAAAGAGUUUUGAAGGCUUAAAAAAUCUACUGGAACUUAUACUUUAUAAUAACAAAAUUCAAUAUAUCCCAGAGAACACUUUUUCUGAAACUCCCAAACUUAAAUAUUUGGAUUUACGGAACAACAAAUUGCAAACUAUUACUAGUGAAAUGUUUUCUUCUAAGGCUUUACAGAAGAUCUAUCUCAGUGAUAAUCCAUGGUCUUGUGAAUGUAAUGAUAUUAGUGAAUUUGAAAAGAUAUUUGCAAAAGAUACUGAAUUACUGGUUAAUGGUGAGCAGAUUUUUUGUAGAAAAUAUGAUGCAUUGGUCAAUAUCUUUAAUUAUGGACAAGAAUUCUGUCAAAAUAAUGUCACAUUUAAUAUUACAAAAUUUGCCCCCUAUCAAGAUAAGGUUCUAAUAUCAAGUGUGUCUGCAGUAUCUUCUGUAAUAAUUCUGAUUUUCCUCAUCACUUUUCUAGUAUAUGCUUAUCGACAAGAAAUUCAGUUAUUAUUAUUUAUUCAUUUUGGAUACCGUUUCAUGUCAAAGAAACUAAUUAUUGAUGAAGAAAAUAAACUUUAUGAUGCAUUUGUAUCUUUUGAUAAUUCUCUGGAUUUGUUUGUCUUAAAUGAAUUACUUCCGCAACUUGAACAGAAUAAUCCACCAUUUAAGCUAUGUGUACAUUUUCGUGAUUUUGAAGUUGGUUUACAAAUAACAGAGAAUAUUAUCAAUAGCAUUGAAAAUAGCAAAAGAACUAUACUGUUAAUUACAGACAACUUUCUAAAAAGUGAAUGGUGCAAGUAUGAAUUCCAAACAGCACAUUAUGAUGGUCUUUCCCAAAAAAUGAAUACCUUAAUAGUUGUUCUUUUUGAAAAUAUCAAUGAAGAAUUACUAGAUCCUGAUCUCAAGCUUUACCUGAAAACUAAAACUUAUUUAAAAUAUGAUGAUCCUUGGUUUUGGAAUAAACUUCGUUUUGCUCUCCCAGCAAAGAAAGAUUCUAAACAAGAGACCAAAUGCUAGUAAUUUGUUGCAAAGGACAACCAAACUAAUACAAAACUAUCUCAAAAAGAAAAGAAAAGAAAAAUAAUGUCAAUAUUACAAAUAUUUUUAUGUAGAAAUUCAUAACCUACGUGUCAAUACUAGAAAAUAGUAUUCAAAAGAACAUCAAAACAAGUAUGAUUAAAAAGAGGACAAAAAGACUAAAACACCACAUAGGCAAAAGUCUAAUCAACUUAUUUAACUCAAUAAAAAAUGGAGGAAGAGAAGAAACACAGUACAAAGCUUGUGGUUUUAGGUUGUACUGACUUCAAAUCCCAACCAAUUCAAAUUUGUUUUCUAUUCAUUUGGAGGCAAAAAGAAAUGCACUAGAAAUACACUGGGGUCAAAUAUGCUUCUCUACCAAUACCAUCAUUUUGCUCAUGCAACAAGUAAAUUGUUUACAGGAAUCAAUGCAACAUAUAUAAAGAAAACUUGUGUCAUGUGAUAAAGAUAUCUUUGAGUAUUGAGUUAUUACUCAUUUGUUGAUCAGGAGCUAAAGACGGUGCCUCUACAUGGUGACUCAACCUGCUGGAAAUAGCAGCCAAAUUUUUCCCAUAAUUUACCAUCUAAGAUUACAUUAGAUAAUGUAGUCCCAGUUGUAUAGACUGACUAAAAGAUAGCACGGGCACAGCCGGAUCAUCAGUCACCAUAAAUCUCAGUGAUGAUUUGGAGUUAUGUAUAUGCAUAAUGUAUUUUUGCACAUCCACAUACAUACACUAAAUAUACAAUCCAGUGUAAGUGCUUCUGUGUGAACUACUUGGCUCCUUGGGCAAGUGUCCUUUGCUAUAGUCCCAGGCUUACCAAAGCCUUGAGAAUGUAUUUGGUACACAGAAACUGAAGGCGGCGAGCUGGCAGAAACGUUAGCACACCAGGCGAAAUGCUUACCAGUAUUUCAUCUGCUGUUACGUUCUGAGUUCAAAUUCCACCGAAGUUGACUUUGCCUUUCAUCCUUUCAGGGUCGAUAAGUACCAGUUACGCACUGGGGUCGAUAUAAUCAACUUAAUCUGUUUAUCCCCUCUGUGUGUAGCCCCUUGUGGGCAAUACAGAAAUAAGAAACUGAAAAAAAGCCAGUUGUGUGUGUGUGUGUGUGCAUGGAGGUAUGGCUGUUGGUGUCUCCUUACCUUGAUAUUUUGUAUUAAUUGUAAAGGAGCUUCACUAUCAUACAGAUGAUAUCCUCUAUUUCCAAUUUUUUGUGAAAAUACAUCUGGCCACGACGAAAUAUUACCUUGGUCAGAAACAGGUGAGGGUUAGCAACAAGAACAUCCAGCAGUAGAAAUUCUGCCUCAACAAAUUCCAUGUGGUUCAUAAAAGCAUAGAAAAAUGGACAUUGAAUUGAUGAUGGUGAGGAUGAUAUUUGAUAUCAGAAUUGUUAAAGCAUCAGAGGGGAAAUAUCUAUUUGUAUAUGGUGUAUUCAAAUUCCACCAAGGUCAAUUUUGCUUUUCAUCCAGUAGAUUGUACUAAAGUACUGAGGAUUGAUAUAGGCAACAUAUUUAACUAAACACCAGUAUGAUAAUAAAGCCAGAUUCAUAAUCAUUUUCACCAUCAUAAUUCUUUCCUCCACAUUAUCAGGCAGAAUAACUGGUUUAAAUGCAAAAGGAUUAAUCAUAAUUUUGUGAUACACAAGUAUGGUGAAUAAAACAAGGUACAUUGUUUUCAAAAUAUUUAACUUCAAAAUAUAGUUUUUUUUUUUAAACUUUUCAUGCACCUGUAAUUUUUAUUUCACUUCCAGUGUACCACCAAGUUAAAAAUGUUGAGAAUCAUUGGCUUAGACUAGAUGCUUUGCUCUCAAAUAAGCCAAUCCAGUUGAUGUUAUAAGAUGGGAUAAUUCACUGCUAUGGCUUAAUGGUUAGAGCAUCAGACUCACAAGCAUGAGGUAGGGAGUUCGAUUCCUGAACCAGGCUGUGUUGUGUUCUUGAGCAAGAUGGUUUGUUUCAUGUUGCUCCAGUUCACUCAGCUGUAGAAAUAUGUUGUGACAUUACUGGUGCCAAGCUGUAUCAGCAUUUGCCUUUCCUUUGGAUAACAUCGGUGGCAUGGAGAGAGGAGGCUGGUAUCCAUGGGUGACUACUGGUCAUCCAUAAACAACCUUGCCUGGAUAUGUACGUCAGAGGGGAACUUAAAAGGGGUAAUCCCAUGGUCAUUCAUGACUGAAGUGGAGCCUUUACCCUUUCUAAGCAAUAGAAUCAUGAUAAUUACAAAUGUUUUGUUACUUUAUAGUUUUUUGUCUAAAUUCCACAAUGUCUGUAACUCAUAGAUAUUCAAGGUCCCCCAUUCUACUUUAUUCCAAAUGAGGCUUAUAAAAAUAAUGUCUACACAACUUGAUUUUGGUAUUCACACACAUUAAUUGUAUAUAGCAUGUAUAUUUACAGAAGGAAAAAAAUAAAUGUAAUCUGGAAUAAAUAUUUUUUGUUAUUUCAUAACUGGAA